UUUUUGCUCUUCCUUACGCGUAAAACAUGCCGGCAGACUUGUCAAACAUAUCUGUGGACUUUGUGUUGAGAAGAAGUCGCUACUUUUUUCUGAAGUAGGACCUGGUUAAACAAGGGGGAAUCCAGCCCACAUAUUUAUUGCAGCCGCUGAAAAAAAUCUCCUCAAUAUCCCCCAAGAUGGCCGCCGAUGUAGGAUCGAUGUUUCAAUAUUGGAAGAAAUUUGAUCUACGGCGGCUUCAGAGGGAGCUGAACUCGGUGGCAUCGGAGCUGGCCGGGCGACAGGAGGAAAGCGAACAUUCCCAUAAGCACUUGGUGGAACUGAGCCGAGAGUUCAAGAAAAAUGUCCCGGAGGAAGUCCGUGAGAUGGUGGCACCUGUUCUCAAGAGUUUCCAGGCCCAGGUGGUUGCUCUGAACAAGCGCAGUAAAGAGGCGGAGUCUGCCUUCCUGGGGAUCUACAAACAGCUGAUCGAGGCUCCAGACCCUGCCCCUGUGCUGGAGGCGUCCCACAGUCUGGAGGAGAGGCUGCAGAGGCUGCACAGCUCAGCUCCAGACGGAGAGGCCCUGGUCCAGGAGAUCUCUGGGCUCUGGAAACAACACCUGCAGUGCCUUAAACACACAGAGGACAGUGCAGUGGUCCCAGUGUCAGACUCAGACCAGACCUCAGAGCCCUGUCCCAGCGCCCUAAUGACCCCCAACAGCACCCCGGCCCCUGGGGCCCCUGGAUCUCCUCAGCAGAACCACCAGGAGCAGGCACAGGACGGAAGGGAGGAGGAGGAGAGCUCAGAUGUGAGUGUGACCCAGAGACUGUCUGAAGCCGAGGACAAGAUCAAGGCUCUACAUUCAUCUUUGGACACGGCACAGACUGAGCUGCGGGACUUACGGUGUAAAUACAAUGAGGAGAUCAGUAAAAAAGCCGAGGAGGUCCACAGCAUCAUGGCCGACCUGAAGACGGCGAACCAGAAAGCAGAAAACGCUCACAGGGAAGUGGAGAGGCUAAAGGAACAGUUAUCCAGCACCACCGGCAGCUGUAAUCCUGCAGAGGGCGCCACCAGGGACAAAAGUGAGGAUUCAGAGCUGUUGCCAUCUCAGCUGGAGGCCGCUCUCUUGGCGAAAGACCGUGAGAUCCUGCGUCUCCUCGAGAACAUCCAGAGACUGCAGUUCACACUCCAGGAAGUGCAGGAAAGCUCAGCCAAUCAGAUCGUGGAGCUGGAGCGGCAGUUGGCCUAUAAAACAGAAGCUAUUGAGAGAUUAGAAGCUAAAUUGCAAUCCCAGAUGGACUAUGAAGAGAUUAAAACUGAACUCAGUAUCUUAAAAGUAAUGAAACUGGCUUCAGCAAAUGGCAGCUCCACACAGGAUUCUGCCAAAGCUGCAGAGGCACUUUUGUUGGAUAAAGAGGCCUUUCUUCCAUCUCACAAAUACCUGGUGGACAAGGCUCGGCUUUUGCACAGUAACGAUGAAGACCGCUCAGAAGACGGCGGCAGGGACUCGGGGCACCCCCUAGUGUCCCACUCAUCCUCCUCCCAGGCGGACGCUCGCUCUUCCCCCAGCGCACCCACCCCGACCCCGGACACCUCCUCCGCCUCCUCCACCACGGCACACGACCUGACCAGGCCCUUCUCCGCCUCCCCCAGCUCCACAGACCGACUAUCAGGAGACCAUAUCCUCCACAAGCAGCUCCUCUCCCCACACUUCAAGAAGGAAGGUCUCAUGGCAUUCCCCACGGCCCUCUACGCUGCCAAAGUUGCACUCAUGUCCAGCUCCCAGGGACCUGGUGGAGGAGGUGGGGGCUUGGGCAAUGCAGACCAGGGAUUGCCGAGUGACCAAUCUGAAAGCGGAAGUUCAACGGGGGAGGACGACCAGGUGGACACAGCGGAGAUUGCUUUCCAGGUGAAGGAGCAGCUUCUGAAGCACAACAUUGGACAGAGGGUUUUUGGCCACUACGUCCUGGGGCUGUCGCAGGGGUCGGUGAGCGAGAUCCUGGCCCGACCCAAACCCUGGAGGAAGCUGACGGUGAAGGGGAAGGAGCCCUUUCUGAAAAUGAAGCAGUUUCUGUCUGACGAGCAGAACAUCCUGGCACUGAGGACCAUCCAAGUUCGACAGAGAGGGAGCAUCACGCCGCGAAUCCGAACUCCUGAAACUGGGUCAGAUGAUGCCAUUCGGAGCAUCCUGGAGCAGGCCAAAAAGGAGAUCCAGUCCCAGAGGGGAGACACAAAGUCAUCCCUGAACAGCCUGUCCAGCCGCAGCAGUAAUGGCGCUGGCAGCAGCUCAGAUGACACUAUCAAGUCCAUCCUGGAGCAGGCGCGAAGAGAGAUGGAGGCGCAGCAGCACGCACUCAUGGAGAUGGAGGUGUGUGGCCGGGCCCCCAGUGUGGGCUCUGGGGCACAGGUGGAGCGUCUGGGCCCCCCUGAGAGAUCCAGGGUCCCAACUCUCCCCAUCUCCAUCAAACAGGAGGAGGGCGGAUGUGUCACUGUGUGUAUGGCCAGCUCCAUCAGCAGCCCCCAGACCCCUCUCAGUGUCCUCUCUCCGGCCGCGUUCGUCCAAAACAUCAUCCGAAAAGUCAAGUCUGAAAUCGGGGAGGCGGGCACGUACUUCGAUCAGCACUGGUCCCAUGAGCGUGCUGCUUUGGGGCUCACCGGGAGCAGUUCCAGACCUUAUAAUUCUGUAUCUCCAUCUCUGUCGUCCUCCUCCUCUGGACCUCCUGCUCUGUCCCGGCCCUGGCCCCGACUGGAGAAUGGAGAGGCUCUGCCCAACAGUGAGGAGGCGUCAGCUGCAGAGGACGAGCUCGGGCUGGGACGUCCCGUGGAGGUGAAGGUGGAGUCGGACACUUCUGUCAGUGGGGAGUCUCCUGGUCCAGUUGCAAGGGGCCUCUCUUAUUACCCAGCCUACAUCCCCCGCGCCCUCAAACCCACUGUCCCCCCACUCACUCCAGAGCAGUACGAGAUGUACAUGUACCGAGAGGUGGACACCAUCGAACUCACCCGCCAGGUCAAGGAGAAACUGGCCAAAAACGGCAUCUGCCAGAGGAUCUUUGGGGAGAAGGUGCUUGGUCUGUCACAGGGCAGUGUGAGCGACAUGUUGUCCCGUCCUAAACCCUGGAGUAAACUGACUCAGAAAGGCCGAGAGCCCUUCAUCCGAAUGCAGCUGUGGCUCCUGGACCAGCUGGGACAGAGCCUCAAUCAGCCCCCAAACCAGGGACACACUCAGGAGAAAAGCCCGGUGACUGCCCACUCCUCGCCCUCUCCGCCCCCCAGUCCUGACACCCACAGCCCCCUGGAGCCGGUGGGCCUGUCACUGGAGAGCAGUAAGGAGAACCAGCAGCCCCCUGUGGCCCUGGGUCUGCCCCCUCACCCCGACCACAGCCUCCUCUUGCAGCCACCCUCCUCUACCCCGCUGGGCAUACAGGAGCUGGUGGCCAUGUCCCCAGAGCUGGACACAUACGCCAUCACCAAGAAGGUCAAGGAGGUGCUCACAGACAACAACCUGGGCCAGCGACUGUUUGGGGAGACCAUCCUGGGCCUGACUCAGGGCUCUGUGUCUGACCUGUUGUCUCGGCCCAAACCAUGGCACAAGCUCAGUCUGAAGGGACGAGAGCCGUUUGUGAGAAUGCAGCUGUGGCUUAAUGACCCUCACAAUGUCGACAAACUUCGUGCUAUGAAGAAGAUGGAGAAGAAAGCCUAUUUAAAGCGGCGGUACGGGCUUCUGAGCACUGGUUCAGACAGUGAUUCUCCCACAGCGCGCUCCGAGUGCGUGAGUCCAGCUCUGAGCUCUCUGGACCUGUGUCCCUUCAGCCAGGCCAAGAAGCCCCGUGUGGUGUUGGGAGCAGAGGAGAAGGAGGCUCUGAGGAAAGCCUACCUCCUAGAGCCCUACCCAUCCCAAAACACCAUCGAGAUGCUAGCAGCGCAGCUCAACCUCAAAACCAACACGGUCAUCAACUGGUUCCACAACUACAGGUCCCGGAUGCGGCGAGAGGUUCUAAUGGAGGGUUUACAGGACAAUGACACCGACCCCGACCACCUGAGUUACUCCCCCCACUCUGAUGGAGAGGAGAGGAGACCCCAGCAUCCCUCCACCCACACGGGACGUCCAGCCAGCGCCCUACCCCACGUCAAGCAAGAAGAUCGCGAUGAUGAGCGAAUCCACUGCAUCUCCACAGCCGUUCAGUUCCCCCAAAUAAAAACCGAACAUGAGGAUUCAGUCAGUGUGAGGUUAGCUGGUCAGAGGCAAGAAGAUGUAUCGUCAAAAACCGUGCAGUGUAAAUACGAAGGGGACGAAUCUGGCAAGUCUCCUGUCGAUCCGGUUAGCUUCAAGGCAUCAUCCGAACCAUCCCGUAGCAGCCUGGAAGUGUCUCUCAACUCCCCCUCUGCAGCUUCCUCUCCGGGUCUCAUGAUGUCCGUUUCCCCAGUUCCUUCUUCUUCGGCGCCAAUCUCACCAUCUGUACCCAACCCGCCUUCGACAAGCAUGGACGCCAACCCGCCUUUUCAGAGCCCCAAACUGAACCGAAGCACUCAGAGACGCAAUGAGAAAAUGGCUAACCUUAAUAACAUCAUCCACAGGUUAGAGAGGGCUGCCAACCGGGAAGAAACACUGGAAUGGGAGUUUUGAUUUUCAAUUGUAUCUCAAAUCAUGUCUUCAAAUACACGCUUCCAGAUGUAACGUCUAUCCUCCAAGACUCAAAAUAUGUAGGAAAGGCGAUUUAGAGCUAAACAUGGCUAAAAUCCCUUACAUGAACUUUAUGAAUUGACAAAAUGUUUCUAAUGUGUUUUGUUUUCUUUUUUAAAACUUUGCUUUCUUCCUUUCUUUGUUUCUUUCAAAUAUUUGUGGCAGCACUAGCUGUCGUAUUUGGACUUGACGUGAAGACUUUUGCAGCUAUGGUGUCAUGAAAUGUACACUGAAGUUCUGUAGAUUGCCACUGGGUGAGAUUAAAAAAGACCCCUUCGUCUUAAGCCAUUAAAAGCACUAUAUAAAACUAUUUGAAAAGAGACAUUGACCAAAUUUGCUACUUUUUGAAUAGUAAUUUUUCAGAUUUUGUCUGUAAGACUGGACAGUUUAAGUCAAGUAACAUGACAUCCUAUUACUGACUGAGGGAUAGUCCUUUAAGACUCUAAAUAUCCAACUUCUUGUAUGUAAAUUAGUUUCUUGGUGAUAUGUUUUGAACUAUUUGUAUCUCACACGUAUAAAAUGUGGUUGUACAUGUUGUAGAGUUUGUCUGCAAUAGCCUUCUCUGAAAAAACUGAUGUAGCAUGGUACUCACCUGAACCUUUUAUCCUCCUGUAGUUAGUCUCAUGUGAUACUAUUUGAGCGAAAAAAAGAUGAACAAAAAUCCUGCAAAAAAAUCCAGAAAAGAAGAAACUGAAGCGUGGAAAAUAUUUGUGUUUUUCCCCCUCCUUCCUGGUGCUGUCGCUGUACUAAUGCAGGAGCACAGUUUACAUCUUACUUUAGACUUACCUCUCGGACCCUCUCUGAAGGCCAAGACACUCACCACUGGUUUACCUCAGAUUCUGUUGACGCACCUCAUGCAAACUAGUCAUUAUUACAUUAUUAUUAUGCAUAAACACAACCCAUAUAAUAAGCAAAUGGGGGAGGAAUACUCAGAUAAGUUCAAGUCACUGAAACAAAUAGCACCAACAUAGUAGAGACCUCUGCCAAGGCAUUCACGUUACGUAUCUAGCAAUUGUAAGUUGUAUUAUCCAGACUUGACUUGAAUGGAGGAUCAUCUAGUUCAGGGGUGAACACUCUUUGAAAUGAGCAUUGAAUCUACAAAAAAUCAGCUCUAUAAAGUAAUUUUCCAACUUCUUGUGAUUAAUAUUUUAAUAAUUUAUUUCUUUUUUUUAUAUAAAAUGUGAUUUGCGGAAAUGGUUAAAAAUGGCUGUGAGCACACUUUAUCCAUAAAAUUAUUAUUUAAAUAGUACUAGACAAAGUAUCUCAUUUCUGCAGGUUGGUCCAGGGAAGUUCAGUAUAGCCCUCAUUUGCAUAACACAAUAUAACACUAUCUACAAUGACACAGAAGUUUGCAGGUAACCCAUAUUAUCUUUGACCACUUGUGUAUUGUGUCUGUAGAAGUUUCUUUGUCAUGCUUGCAAAGUUGUUCUUUAUGUAUUUUGCCUCGAUUUUAUACUCAGUUACCUAGAUAUUCAAUACCUCGUGUAUGAACUACUUACAGCACUUAGACUUUGAUAAUUGUGAGGAGAAAUCUCGAAUAUCAACAUUAACCUAACUUAGUGUCCACAAGUCUUUGCCUUUACUGUUAUCGUUGAAGUCAGUAGUAACACUUGCACAUGUCUACAUAGUUCCGAAGACUUGGAUUGUAUUAUGUAGAGCUAUAUAUUACACAAUUACUAAAAUAAUAAUAGUAAUAUCUUACAGUCUUGGAACAAAUUGUGCUGACUAUAUUGAAAUAGAGUGUACAGAUUUAAUAAAACCAAACCCAUUGAAGCCAGUUCUGGUCUGGCAGGCUUGCCCACAUUUUAGACCUUCUCUCAGGGUAGUCUUGCUUUUUAAAGCUUUACUGAAACAGUCUGCUCUCCUCAUUGGUGGUGACUAUGACAAACAACGUGGUGUGUAAAUGAUAUGUUAAAGGGACUGUCAAAAGUUGUGCGUAUGUUUGAGGCACAACUCGACUGUUUUGUCACUGAUUAAAGAUGUGUCAAAGUCCAAUGUUGGUCGAAACAGGUUGAGGCUGAUGGGUUUAGAUCCAUAGACUUUGCUCUCUAAAAUACUCAUUAUGUUUUUCUUGGAGCCACUGCAGCUUUCUCUGGUUUUUGUACAACCAUCUUUGUGCAUAAUUUACUGUAUGGUUAUAGAAGUGGCAUUUCUUUUGUGGAGACCUCAUUGUCUUAUACUCAGUACAUGGACAUUUGACUGAAGAAGAAAUGUAUUUAUUCUGACAACAUUAUCUCAUGUAAAGUCACCUCAUUGUUUUGCAUGCAACGCCCUCAGAAGGAAACGUGUGUUUUGUGUUGUUCUUGCACAGAGACAUUAAUCAGCACUUAAGUCUUCACCUCUGCAUGGUGCAGCUGAUCCAUUUGGCUCUCACUAUCUCUAGAAACUAAACAGUUUAGACCUUAUCCUGAAUAUUUAAAGUACUGUUUUUGUGCCAUAUCAGACGUCUCUGCAUUGUCCUUCUGGAUUAAUGCCUUGUGGUGCAGUGUGAUUAUUGUGUUGGGCUUUUGUUUCAAAGCAAAGCUUUUUCUAAAAGGAGCCCACACAAAGAUGCUUCUAUUUUUUAAUUGACAUGAGUCACUAAAUUAAGGUAAUUGGUCACACAUGAACUUGAUUGAAUCAAUAAAUGUAAAACCCUGACAGAUGUUUAUCUCUGUGAACAUAUUUCCUUUGUAAAGUCAGCUGUGAGCCAAUAAACUGUAUCUUUGGGCUGAAAAAGUGUUUUGGGCCAUUAAACAUGAA